AAUGGAGUCAUCGGUAUUGCCAUAUGGAAAGUGCAGGUCCGCCUCACACCACUCGUGUGCAUGCACUCUCUCACAGUUGAAAGUUGAACCACCAGCACCAGCACGAUUUACCGCUAUCGAACAUGGCUGAAACAAAGCGAAAGCCUGUUCUACCCCCGUCCUUUCUAGAUACGGACUUGUACAAGUUUACGAUGCAGCAGGCUGUGUAUAGACAUUUUCCGAAGGUUGUAGCGACAUACCGGUUCACACAUCGUGACCCUAAUGUGUACUUCACACGAGAAUGUUAUGAAUUAUACCUUGAAUCUCUCACCCACUUUGGCGAGCUACAUGUGACGGAUGACGAAUUGCAAUGGCUUCGGAAAGCCUGUCCUUAUUUCGCCGAAGAUUAUUUAGAUUACCUCAAGAACUUGAGGUUCAAGCCGGAACAGGUCAAAGUCACUUUCAAUGCUCAACCUCAGAAUGCAGAUCUCGGUCGGCUUGACAUAGAGGCAAUCGGUCCAUGGGUCGAAACCAUUCUUUGGGAAGUUCCUCUCAUGGCGGUUCUGAGCGAGCUGCAUUUCAGGACUGCUGAUACCGAUUGGAACUAUGACGGCCAAGAAGAGCUCGCAUACUCCAAAUCAAAAACGUUGCUCGAAGCUGGCUGUGUGUUCAGCGAUUUCGGAACUCGAAGAAGGCGCUCUUAUCAUACCCAGGAUCUUGUCGUACAGGGUCUCCUUCGUGCUUCCAAAGACCUAACAAACCUCAAAGGCAAAUUCCUGGGUACUAGCAAUGUACACUUGGCUCACAAGCAUCAAACUGAACCCAUCGGAACAAUAGCCCACGAAUGGUUCAUGGCCGUUGGAGCACUCCUCGGUUACGACAAUGCCAAUGGCAAAUCAUUAGAUCUCUGGGAAUCAGUAUAUCCGAAUGUACUUUUACUCGCCUUGACAGACACAUUCUCCACUGAGGCAUUCUACAAAGAUUUUGUCAAGGACCCUGCUCGAGCGAGGAGAUGGAAAGGUCUGCGUCAGGAUUCUGGCGACCCUUACGUCUACGCUCCUCGAGCAAAAGAGGUGUAUCAAUCCAUGGGUAUUGAUCACCGGGAGAAAACUAUCAUUUACUCAGAUAACUUGAACCUUGACAAGGCUCUCGGUCUUCAGAAACAAUGUGAUGAGGUCGGGUUCCAAGCGUCGUUCGGUAUCGGAACCUUCUUGAGUAAUGACUUCCGCUCGGCGUCAAGUGGCGGACGCGUGAAGAGCAAAGCUUUGAACAUGGUCAUCAAACUUGCGGGUGUAGAUGGACGGCACUGUGUCAAGAUCAGUGAUGAAAUCAUGAAGAAUACGGGUGAUCCAGAUACUGUUCGACUCGUCAAGCAGAUAUUUGGUAUCCCUGUGUAGAAUGAUGGUUCAAUUAUCUUGUACGUUAAGCAAAUAGUAUUAUACCACUCUGUAGAAGUAUUUGUUAGCUGCCAGUAGACAAAUGUGACGUAAAAACCUGAAUAUUCUCCGU